UUAAAAAAAAAAAAAAAGAAAAGUAGACAAGUGAGAUAGUUUUCAAAUUGUAUCAUACAAGUGCAAUUGAUAAUUUUAUUACAAUGGAUAACAAAUCCUGCUUGUGCGCGCUCCCUGGGAGCGUGCAGCACCACGAUCCGGAGCCCGCUGUGUCCUCCGGACACAGUGAAACACCGAUCGUCGGACGGGACCUCUGUACGAGGUCCCGAUCAUGUGAUCACUGAUUGGCCAAUCAGUGAUCACAUGCAAAGUAGUAAGCAAGAUGUCACUUCUGA